CACCAAACGCGGUUAUGUUAUAAGUAUAAGGCACUCUGAGCGCCGGGUCUGAGCGUGUUUUCAUCAUCUCGGGGGAUUCCCGGUUCCCGGAUGAAGUCACGGCGCGCACGUACGCUGUCACGAGCGACUUUCCGCAGCUAAACUGUGCGUUCUGACCGGAUGAGCGUUUCUCAAAGCGCGUCGGAUGAAAAGUUUGCGUGCUUUUGAGGAGAAACUAAACAGCAGCCCUGCUUUUAACGACGCUUUGUUUUGGCCCGUAUCGCGAUGUCGUUUCAGCUUGACGUAUAGACACAAAACCGGUUUAUUUAUUCAUUAAUGAAUGUAUUUAUUUAUAUUUACGUACUCGCACGGUAAGUAGCGAUAAUCUGUCCGUUUGACAGUAACGAGCGACCGAGGCGAUCCGGAGCCGCUGGGUCAGCUGCGACGUCAUACCUGACCCGAUGACGUCAUGACGCCCGCGUUUACAACAACAAUGAUCAUAACAUUGUUAAUAAAUUCUAAACUAACGAGGGAUCUUUCAAUUUUGAUUAACCUUAUCAUCAUUAUGGUCUAUCUGGUGGCAGAAAAUGAGAGUUUUAAAGUAGCAGUCUGUGGAAGCCAUUGAAUAACAGAAUAAAAAAGGCUCAUACGGAGGAACAGGAUGAGCUCGAGGCUGAAGGACGACGCUCGCUCGAGAGCCGUGCCCAGACUCAAAAACAAAAGGAUGGAAAAGUCCAAGCCGGAGUCUGAGAGGGACUCGGGCUUCUCAGACGGUGGCUCUGAGCAUCUGAGUGUGGACAGAGACGAGGCGUCCAGCUCCAGAUCACAGCUGACUCUGCAGGGCCUCUCACCAGUGAUCCUCAUGAACAACGUGCUUCUAAAGCAGUCUGGUGAAAACCCUUCGUCUUUGAAGCCCUGGGCCUUCGGUCCGGCGGUGGUUCCACAGCCUCAGGUGGUCUUCCUUCAACCCGUCGUCCCACAAAGAUCCGCUCCGGUGCCGAAGGGACCCCCAUCAAAACGCCACCGACACAGAAAGUACCUCCCUAUCCUCAAAUCCUACCCCAAAAUCGCUCCUCAUCCCGGAGACGCGCGGCCUAAGAGCAGCAGCAGCAGGUGUUCCCCUCGCGCUCAGAAAGAGCCGUUACCCAGCGCUCUUCCAGCAUCCGAACACAGACCCGAGUCCACAGACGGCUCCCCGCAGACGCUGCCAUCUGAUGCACACUCCGUUAACACGGACAACAAGAUAAAGCGCUUCUGCAACACGUACAACAUCCUCAGCAAGUCAGGCCUGCUGGACAUCACGCUGCGCACGAAAGAGCUGAUCCGGCAGAACCGGCGGACGCAGACGGAGCUGGAUCUCCUGCGCGAGCACACCAACCUGUUCAUGCAGGCGCUGCAGACCGGAGACUCGGUCAUCUGGAGCCAGCUGCUGACCAGCAUGCAAGAGGAGGACCAAGAGAAAGACCGGACAGUCAGCCCGGAGUGAGGCGAAGACACGAUGCAGCUUUCGUCUGACUGUAUCUUAAGGUCAAAGCAAGGCUCCAGCGGUCACUCUUUCAUCAAGCCUUAAACUAGUUCAGUGCAUAAGCUCUUUACACUCCUGCUGAAGGAAUCUGGACGCUCAAACAGAAACGUUCUGACGAUCUACAGUAGAGCGUAUUUUAGGGCAUCACAGAAUGAGACGAUCCCCAGCAGCACAGAUCAAGGAUGUGACGCAGCCGUCUCGUUUCAUCUCUCACAGCACUUUGAGUAAUUAUGUAUAUUUCACCCCAAAAUCAAAAGAAAGCAGAGGUUGUUCAUGAAGAAGACGUGGUCUGUUUCAGGACUCUGCAGGUGAACAGGGUUAAAGAGAGCUCUACACUUCAUUAGGAUUAAUCACAGUACAUUAAGACAAUAGAUUUGAUUGAAGAUGUGUUUAAAUAUGCAUGAUCUAAUUAAAUAUGCUAAUUUGCGUAUAUUUCCAGCACAUAAACUCGAUAAUAAUGGUGUUUGUGAGUGCUGCUGAAGCGGAGAAACAAACCUUUUAAGAUCUGAAUUGGAAUUUAAAUCGACAGAAAAACAGAAUGUAUUAACAAUUAAAUGUGUCUUAAAUGUUUUCUUUGCACUAGUCUGAAAAACAUCAAGCAGAAUACAGUUUUCUUUCUCUUGGUUGUGAGUUGAAGUAUGACUGUUCUGUGGAUUCCAUCCCUGUAUUUCUGAGGAGAAAGAUGAAUUGUGGUGCUUUGACUCCGAGGUUCGUCAGGAGGAGCGUGGAGUUUAUUCGAUGAACGAUGUUCUCUCCUCAAACUCUGAUCACGAGACGCAGACUCAGACUUUCUUUGGCAGCUAGUUCAGAACUCAUCGCUUUGAUUGGACGAGCUUGUUUCGCAUCUGUAUCCGCAUCACACACACUACCGGUCAAACGUUUGGGAUCAGAAACAUUUCUACUGUUUUUACAGGAGUGUCUUCUGCUCAUCAAGACUGCAUUUAUUUGAUUAAAAAAUACAGAAAAAAAAUGUAAUAUUGUGAAAUAUUAUUAUGAUGUAAAAUAACAUUAUUCUAUUUUAAUAUACAUUAAAGUGUAAUUUAUUUCUGUGAUGCGCAGCUGUAUUUUCAGCAUCAUAACUCCGAUCUGUUGACCGGUAGAGCGCAUCAUGUGCUGAUUUUAAUCAUCAGAGGUAGCACAGGAAAGUGUUUUUAUGUGUGAUUUUAUACAGUACGGUCACGAGCAGAAACAGCAGGUGUUACAGGAUUCAGUCUGUUCUCUAGGGAAGCUUGUUUCCACCACAGAAUAUAAUAAUAAUAAUAACAAAAAGGUCAGUUAUUUCAAAUCUUAGAAAAAAAAAAAAAAAACAGAUUGGCAAAACAUAAACUAAGAAAAGUCUUAAAUUGGAGAUAAAAACUUAAAAUCUCACAAUUCUAAGAGGACGAGUGAAUUGUUGAGACGUAAACUCACAGUUUAGAGUUUGUAAUCGCAAUAAAAGGGAGGUGUUCGUGUAAAGAUAGACAUGUUAACUCGCAACUCUGAGAUGAAAAAUCUCAUUUGUAAGAUAGAAAGUUGCAAUUACCUUGUUAUUUUUAAAUCCAUGGCUUGUGUUGGUGUUUCCAGACGCUCGUAGCCUUUAUUUUUUAGACGAGCGGAAACCCUUCAUCAUCGUGGCUUCUGAAGCAGGUGCAGAUUCAACAUCACCGCGCGGCUGCCACAAACACAUUCAGGAACGGUUCUGAAUCAUUUUAAAAGCAAAAGGGCUUAGAGAGACAGAAGUGUGUCGCUCUUAUUACUGAUAUUUGUUAUUCCUGUCUUUUGUAAGUAAAAUAAGAUGCCGUUUUCUUGUGUAAAGAUGUUCUUUUCUAUGUUUUUGUAUGUAUCUUUGCUGUCUGUUUGAUAAUGUGUGAGUUGAGCAGAACUGUGAAGGGGUUUUGUGUCAUAAAUCAGCUCGAUCCUGUGCUUUUACAUUAAUACAGCACUUACAGUCAUCACUAAUACAUACUGUACAUCUUCAGUUAAACAGGAGAUGAAUAAACAUUUCUCAGCUAAAUGUUCACUUUAUCUACUGAUUCCUUGUUUUUUACAUUUCAUUGUUUAAACUGUUUUUUAUUUCCCACUUUUUAAUUUUGAAGACAUGUUUUACUGAGUCCUACUCUGUGAAAUGCUUUCAUUUAUGUCAUAAAGUUAUUAAAAUAAUUCUGAUUGUCA